UUAAGAGACGGAAACCAGAGAGAGAGAGUGUUACUGAAGCAAAAAUUCUCAAUUUUCAUCCGAAUUUCAAAACUUCAAUUCGCCGGAAUUUUGGUAUUCUGAUCGGGUCCUGGCUUGGGGUUUCACUCCUGAACGCCACUUCGUUUCUCAAAUUAGGGUUUUUCUCCGGCGGGAUUUCUGUUUCUGAAAUUUAGGGUUUUUUUCCCUAAUCGUUGAAUUGGCUUCGGCGUGCAUGCGCUUAUGAAGUUGAAGUUGCAAUUUGUAAGCCUUCUGGGAUUGUUAUAGAGAGUUUCUUGAUGUUUACGCCGCAACGGUGGUCGGGUUGGUCUCGAACGCCCAGAACCGGGGCGGAGAAGACCGGAACCGGGUCCGGUGCUCCGAACUCUAACUCCGGGGAUGGGAUCAUUGCGAAGGGAAAAGGUGUAAACUUGUUUGAACCCGCGACACCAGUUUCGGGUUCCAUGCUUGAGAAUGUGGGGAAGAUGUUAGUGGAAACCGGCGGCGCAGCCACUGACCGCGAAGUCUUGGCUCACAGGGUUUCGGAGCUCGAAAAUGAGCUUUUCGAAUACCAGUACAAUAUGGGUCUGCUCUUGAUUGAGAAGAAAGAGUGGACUUCUAAGUAUGAAGACGUCAGGCAGUCAUUAAACGAAGCAAAAGAGGCUGUCAGAAGAGAGCAAUCAGCCCAUUUGAUUGUAAUGACAGAAAUCGAAAAGCGAGAGGAGAAUCUGAGGAAGGCCUUGGGGGUUGAGAAACAAUGUGUGCAUGAUCUAGAGAAGGCUCUACAUGAGAUUCGUUCAGAAAAUGCAGAAAUUAAGUUUACUGCUGAAUCAAAGUUGGCCGAGGCAAAUGCUUUGGUUGCUAGUGUAGAAGAGAAAUCAUUGGAGCUAGAGGCAAAGAUGCGUGCUGCUGAUGCCAAGCUUGCUGAAGUGAGCCGAAAAAGUUCAGAAAUUGAGAGGAAAUUGAAAGACUUAGAGUCUCGAGAAAGUGCACUUCGAAGAGAUCGGUUAUCCUUCAGUUCAGAACAGGAAGCACAUGAGACUUCUUUGUCCAAGCGGAGGGAGGACUUGCUAGAAUGGGAAAGGAAAUUGCAAGAGGGAGAAGAGAGGCUAGCCAAGGGCCAAAGAAUUCUCAACCAAAGGGAGGAGAGGGCAAAUGAGAUUGAUAAGAGUUUUAAGCAGAAAGAGAAGGAUCUGGAAGAUGCUCAGAGGAAGAUCGAUGCAACUAAUGAGACACUGAAAAGGAAAGAAGAUGAUAUAAGCAACAGGCUAGCAAAUCUAACUCUGAAAGAGAAGGAAUAUGAUGCUCUGAGAAUGAACCUCGAGAUGAAGGAGAAGGAGUUACUUGUAUGGGAAGAAAAGCUCAAUGCUAAAGAAAAAGUUGAGAUCCAAAAGCUUAUUGAUGAACACAAUGCCAUCCUGGAUGCAAAGAAAUGUGAAUUUGAGUUGGAAAUUGAUGAAAGGAGAAAAUCCUUGGAUAGUGAAUUGAGAAACAGGGCAGUUGAUGUGGAGAAAAAGGAAACUGAAAUCAAUCACUUGGAGGAGAAAAUUGCGAAACGGGAGCAGGCUCUGGAAAAGAAAGCUGAAAAACUCAGGGAGAAAGAGAAUGACUUUGAAACAAAAGUGAAAUCCCUGAAGGAAAAGGAGAAGUCUAUUAAGUCUGAGGAGAAGAACUUGGAAAGCGAGAAGAAGCAACUAGUUACUGAUAAAGAGGAUUUGGUUAGGCUCCUGGCUGAAGUUGAGAAGAUCAGGGCUGAUAAUGAGGAACAGCUGCAGAAGAUUAGUGAGCAGAGGGAUCUGCUCAAAGUAACUGAAGAAGAAAGGUCAGAUUAUCUCCGCUUGCAGUCAGAAUUAAAACAGGAAAUUGACAAGUACAGGCAACAGAAAGAACUGCUCCUGAAGGAAGCUGAAGACUUGAAGCAGCAAAAGGAGCUUUUUGAGAGAGAGUGGGAGGAACUGGAUGACAAAAGAGUUGAGAUUGAGAAAGAACUGAAGAAUGUGGGUGAACAGAAGGAAGAAAUAGAAAAAUGGAAACAUGCUGAAGAAGAAAGGUUGAAAAAUGAAAGGGUGGCGGCACAACACUAUAUAGAAAGGGAGCAGGGGGAUCUUAAAUUGGCCAGGGAGUCAUUUGCAGCUCAUAUGGAACAUGAGAAGUCAGAAUUAGCUGAGAAAGCUCAAAGUGAGAGAAGCCAAAUGCUUCAUGAAUUUGAGACACGGAAAAGGGAGCUUGAAACUGAUAUGCAGAAUCGGCUGGAGGAGAUGGAAAAACCCUUGCGUGAAAGAGAAAAAUCUUUUGCAGAAGAACGAGAAAGAGAACUAGACAAUGUUAAUUACUUGAGAGAGGUAGCUAGAAGGGAAAUGGAAGAAAUCAAAGUUGAAAGGCUUAAAAUAGAAAAGGAAAGACAAGAAGCUGAUGCAAAUAAGGAACAUCUUGAAAGGCAACAAGUUGAGAUAAGAAAAGACAUUGAUGGACUUCUUGACCUUAGCCGGAAACUCAGAGAUCAGCGUGAGCAGUUUAUUAAGGAGAGAGAAUCCUUUAUUUCAUUUAUUGAGAAACUCAAGAGUUGCACAACUUGUGGUGAAAUGAUAUUGGAGUUUGUGCAUCUACGACCUUUAGCUGAAAUUGAAAAUGCAGAGGUCAUUCCCCAGCCGAGAUUGAGUGAUGACUAUGAAAAUCUGGCUGCUUCUAAGAGGCAAAAAAAUGAGAUGUCUCCUGCUGCUGAUCCAAGGUCUCCAGUUUCUGGUGGAACUAUAUCUUGGCUUCGUAAAUGCACCACAAAGAUUUUUAACCUCUCCCCGGGGAAAAAGAUCGAGUUUGGUGCUCCUCAAAAUUCUCCAAAUGAGGCACCAUUUCCGGGUGAGCAAAAUGUAGAGCCAUCCGAAAGAGUGCAUGGCACUGAAAACGAGGCUGAGAUCUCUUUAGGAGUUGCAAGUGAUUCUUUUGAUGUCCAGAGGAUUCAAUCUGACAACAGCAUCAGAGAGGUCGAAGUUGUUCAAUAUCCUUCACAUGAUGAGCAUAGCAACAUGAACAGUGAGGCACCACCUGAUGUCCCAGAAGAUUCUCAGCCUUCUGAUUUGAAGGGUGGUCGUCGAAAGCCAAGUAGGAGUCGCAGGCCUGCAGUAAACAGAGCUCGCACUAUGAAAGCAGUUGUCAAAGAUGCUAAGGCUAUACUUGGGGAGGCUGACAGUGAAUAUGCAAACGGUACUGCAGAGGAUUCCAUCGACGUGCAAAGUGAAAGCCUUGGUGGUUCCAGUCCUGCUGACAAAAGAACAACAAGAAAUGGACGGAAGCGCGGCCGCGCGCAGACAUCUCAGAUUGCUGUGAGUGAUGGUGGUGAUAGCGAAAGACUUUCUGACAUUGUCAUGGGUUCCCAGCGCAAGAAGAAGCGAGAAAAAGUUCUUCCAGCCGAACAAGUUCCAGGGGAAAGUCGGUACAAUCUCCGGCGACCGAAAACUGGAGUCAGAGGUGCUGCUGCAACUGCCUCUCGCGACCUUGUCAAAGAAAAUGAGGAGGUUGAUGGAGCUAGAGGUACGAAGGCAGUGAUUCAUUACUCUAAAGCUGCUCCUGCUACUUCUUCAAUGGGAGUUGCUAGCGAGAAUGGUGGAAGCUCACACUUUGUCCGGUGCGAGACUCUUGCAAACACGCAAGAUGGUGAUGCAGAUGCAGAGAAAAAUCAGGAAGAGAAUCCAGCAGCGAGUGAAGAGGUGAAUGGUUCAACAGCAGGGGGUCAGGAGUAUGUCGACGGAGAUGAGUAUAGGAGUGAAUCCGGGGAAGCUACUCCCAUUGAAGAAGACGACGACGACGAAGAAGAAUCAUCUGAACAUCCUGGUCAAGCCUCAAUAGGAAAGAAGCUCUGGACCUUCCUCACAACAUAAUGAGUUUAGACUUGUUUCCGCCACGUGGAUUUUGGACGACGGGAACUUGACUGCAUCAACUUUAGGUUUGCUGUUGGCUUUUAUAAUGUGGUAGUAUUUGUGCAUGACCAAUUAAAGUGUAGUUAGAACCAUGGAAGUAAUUCAGUGGGAGGGAUUAGGCUUUAUUUGCCCUCUUUUCGUUUAGGACUCGGGAAGACAUUGGAGCUGUUUCUUAUUAUUUUUGUUUUUUUUUCCUAAAGACAAAGCUAGAUUUGUUCUCUUGUAGCAGCAGAAGCAGCAGCAGCAGCAGCGGUAGGCAGUGCAUAUUAUACUGCUGGACUGAAAGCUCCUCCACGUCCACAUUGUUUGUAAUCUUUAUUUCCUUCUGGUAGUGAUUGUUUGAACUGCAUGCA